ACAUAGAUUUUUGACACUUGUACGAGAUCACAACAAAACGGUGUGUACAUUUCGUGGAUUUUCGUAGUUUGGAUUUUGAGGGAUUUUGUUGAUUUUUGCGAGAAUAGUUUCAGUUAAAAUGAUAAAGAAGGUCUAAAUUAAAAGAUCAACAAUGAAGGUAACAAAACACAAAAAAGCACGGAAAUACAUGAGUUUCUACAUCAACAAUUUCGGAUUCCGCGAACCUCUGCUGGUGCUUGUUGAUGGAACAUUUUGCCAUGCUGCCUACAAGGCCCGGCUUCAAAUCGAAGACCAGCUUAAAAAGUACUUCCAGUGCGAAUUGAAACCCAUCGUCACGGCCUGCAUCAUUACCGAGACGGAAAGCAUCGGAGGACCACUGAUUGCCGUGUGUCAGUUGUUGAAGAAAUUCCUCCUGCACAAAUGUGGCCACGAGAAGAACCCGAUUGCGGGAUCGGCUUGCAUCAAAGCCAUGACCAAGACCUGCAACUAUAUCGUUGCCACCCAGGAUCGCAACCUGCAGGAUUGGAUCCAAUCUAGAGCGGGGAUUCCCCUGUUCUAUCUGCACAACAAUUUGGUGCCCACUCUGGUACAACCUUCGGAGGCCAGUUCCCGAGCGGCCGCCAAUAAGACGCAAGCCAAGAUCCAAGUUCGGGAGGUGGACGAAAAGACACUGACCACGCUGAAAAAGAAAGAAGGUUUGCUGGUGGAAACGGAUCCCAAACCACGGCGAAAGAAAAAGAAGAAAAAUCCUAAUCCUCUGUCGUGCAAAAAGUCCAAAAAGACGAAGAUCCGCGGCGAAGGGGAUGUGAGUGGAACAGUGCCAGGGGUGCAAGAUCAUCCGAUCGAGAAGAAAAAACGGAAACGAGUCAAACUGCCAAAACAUGUGAUCGAACAAUUGAAGGCGAAUAAAGAAGCUGUUUGUUGAUGUGGA